CGGCCAACCAGAAGAGAUUGAGCACAGAGGCUUUUAAUGCUUUGGAGAAGAAGUUUGGAUCCUUAGAUCGAUAACCAAAGUAAAUGAUGGAUGCCCACGCCCCAAAGAGCCCAGAGAUUCUGAUAAAGCGGAGAAUAUCAUCGUCAGCGAUCUUGACAAUCCCAAUGUCACCACCGCGUCUUGCGCAGAUUUGGACUAGGAAAUAUGUCCAAAGGUUGAGCAUUGCAAUCAUCCCGAACACUAGAAAGCUCCAUAGGCCAGUUGAACCAUUGCUCUUGAUAGCAGCAUAUAAUCUCCAAAUAAAAACGAUUUCGAUGAACGUGAUCAUGUAUGCAAAAUCACGAAAGGGUUUAGCAUCGUUCUCUUUCACAAACUGCUGUGAACGAGUAAAGAAGGAAUCUUCUCCAAAGCUGGACAUGAAUGCUUGGGAUGCUGCAUCGUUAUUAUUCCGAUUAGCACGUUUGUUGGCUUUGGGUGCUUUUGCAGGCUUUGGUGGUUUGUUGACCAUGAUGAAAAGGAAAGGGAAGAGAUGAACAAUGAAG